CUUCACGGUACCUGGCUCUUUCCCAUACCUGGCUCUGAGGUCUCCAUUUUCGCUGUGCUGCUGAGUUAGGCAUUUUUAGGGUCCCCCUUGACGCCCUGCCCUCUCCUAGGUAGGAUCCAAUCCCUGAGCUUUCUGUGCAACCCCACCUCCUCUAGCUACGCUGGGUCGGAGUCUGCCUAGCCGUGGUCCCGCCCAGUCGCUCAGCCCAAUCAGCGCGUGUCCUCCCUCCACCUGCCCAAUCACACCCUCCCAUCCAUUCAUCGCCUCCUCCUGUCCUAUCACGUCUGCCUCUCUAUCCGGGCCCCGCCCCCGAGACCCUGCCCCCUCAGCCCCGCCUCCCUGUCCAAUGCUCAGCUCAGUGUGCGUCUGGUCGUUCAGCGGGCGCCAGGGGACCGGCAAGCAGCAGCCUCAGCCGGUGCCAACGCCGCAGCCGCCUGAGUCCUCACCGCCGCCUCUGCCGCCGCCGCCGCAGCAGCAGUGCGCUCAGCCCGGCACCACCGCCUCCCCGGCGGGUGCACCGCUUGCCUGCGGGCCUGGGGGCCGGCGUGCCGAGCCAUGCCCCGGGCUGCCGGCGGUGGCCAUGGGGCGGCACGGCGGCGGCGGCGGCGACAGCGGUAAGAUCGUGAUCAACGUGGGCGGCGUGCGCCAUGAGACGUACCGCUCCACGUUGCGCACCCUGCCAGGGACCCGACUGGCCGGGCUGACCGAGCCCGAGGCGGCCGCGCGCUUUGACUACGACCCGGGCACGGACGAGUUCUUCUUCGACCGUCACCCGGGCGUCUUCGCCUACGUGCUCAACUACUACCGCACCGGCAAACUGCACUGCCCGGCCGACGUGUGCGGGCCGCUCUUCGAGGAGGAGCUGGGCUUCUGGGGCAUAGACGAGACGGACGUGGAGGCCUGCUGCUGGAUGACCUACCGCCAGCACCGUGACGCUGAGGAGGCACUGGACUCCUUCGAGGCCCCGGACUCCUCGGCCAACGCCAACGCCAACGCCGGAGGCGCGCACGAUGCGGGACUGGACGACGAGGCGGGCGCAGGAGGCGGCGGCCUGGACGGGGCAGGCGGCGAGCUCAAGCGUCUGUGUUUUCAGGACGCGGGCGGAGGUGCCGGAGGACCUGCCGGGGGCGCGGGCGGCGCGGGCGGCACCUGGUGGCGGCGCUGGCAGCCCCGUGUGUGGGCGCUUUUUGAGGACCCCUACUCGUCGCGAGCUGCCAGGUAUGUGGCCUUCGCCUCCCUAUUCUUUAUCCUCAUCUCCAUCACCACCUUCUGCCUGGAGACACACGAGGGCUUCAUCCAUAUCAGCAACAAGACGGUGACACAGGCCUCCCCAAUCCCUGGGGCUCCCCCGGAGAAUAUCACCAACGUGGAGGUGGAGACGGAACCCUUUUUGACCUACGUGGAAGGCGUGUGUGUGGUCUGGUUCACCUUUGAGUUUCUCAUGCGGGUCACCUUCUGCCCAGAUAAGGUGGAGUUUCUCAAAAGCAGCCUGAACAUCAUCGACUGCGUGGCCAUCUUGCCCUUCUACUUGGAAGUGGGCCUGUCAGGUCUCAGCUCCAAAGCCGCCAAGGACGUGCUGGGCUUCCUGCGUGUCGUCCGUUUUGUUCGUAUCCUUCGUAUCUUCAAGCUGACCCGUCACUUCGUGGGGCUGCGUGUGCUGGGCCACACGCUCCGGGCCAGCACCAACGAGUUCCUGUUACUCAUCAUCUUCCUGGCCCUGGGGGUCCUCAUCUUUGCCACCAUGAUCUACUACGCCGAACGCAUCGGGGCUGACCCUGACGACAUCCUGGGCUCCAACCACACCUACUUCAAGAACAUCCCCAUUGGCUUCUGGUGGGCUGUGGUCACCAUGACCACCCUGGGCUAUGGAGACAUGUAUCCCAAGACGUGGUCUGGGAUGCUAGUCGGGGCACUGUGUGCCCUGGCUGGUGUGUUGACCAUUGCCAUGCCCGUGCCUGUCAUUGUCAACAACUUCGGCAUGUACUAUUCACUGGCUAUGGCCAAGCAGAAAUUGCCAAAGAAGAAAAACAAACAUAUCCCCAGGCCCCCACAGCCUGGCUCACCCAACUACUGCAAGCCCGACCCCCCGCCUCCGCCCCCACCACACCCCCACCACGGCAGCGGUGGCAUCAGCCCGCCGCCGCCCAUCACCCCUCCUUCCAUGGGGGUGACUGUGGCCGGGGCCUACCCACCUGGACCCCACACGCACCCCGGGCUGCUCAGGGGUGGUGCUGGGGGCCUGGGAAUCAUGGGAUUGCCUCCUCUGCCAGCCCCUGGUGAGCCCUGCCCAUUGGCUCAAGAAGAGGUGAUUGAAACCAACAGGGCAGGCAGUGACUUGGGUGUCCUGGAGGAAGGAGUCGACCCCCGUCCCAAUGGAGACCCUGCAGCAGCUGCACUGGCCCAUGAGGACUGCCCCGCCAUCGACCAGCCAGCCAUGUCUCCGGAAGACAAGAGCCCGAUCACUCCUGGAAGCCGGGGUCGCUAUAGCCGGGACCGAGCUUGCUUCCUUGUCACAGACUAUGCCCCUUCCCCUGAUGGCUCCAUCCGAAAAGGUUACGAGAAGUCCCGCAGCCUGAGCAGCAUUGUGGGCCUGAGCGGGGUGUCCCUGCGCCUCGCGCCCCUCGCCACCCCCCCUGGCUCUCCCCGGGCCACGCGCCGAGCUCCCCCGACCCUGCCCUCCAUCCUCUAGCGCAGCCCUACCCCCUGUGGGGGGACUGGGGGUGAUGGGAAGGUGAAAAGGAGCUGGGAGUAGGGGCGGGGAAAGGGUUCUUUAAAAAAAAAAAAAAAAAAGUCAAUAAUAUGCAAAAGAGAUGAUGCCAGCAGACACCCCCGGGGCCUCUCACUCCCCAUAACACUAGAGAACCCAGGAUAGAGGGGACAGGGCCGGAGCCUGUACCCCAACUCCCUCCCCCUUCCAAAAAAAAAAAAAUGCAAACCUCAGGUCUCCAUGAGCCAUAGGACACCCCUCCCAUCGACUCCUGUAAAUAACUAAAAGCUGAUUCCAUCUUGGGGCACCCACUCCAGUUUGCAUGCCUCCCCGACCGACCCCCUCUUCAGCAAUAAGCCGCCAGGAGCUGUGUGCAAAGAGUUGGAGGGGAGGCUGCUGGGAGCCUCUGGGGUCGGAGCUAGCAUUUUAGGGGUCUUCCUGGUCACCCGCCCCCCAGAGGGCAACCCACCCAUCACUAAUUGAUUCAGGAAAAACAAAAACCUCUAGGAACACGUAGGAAAAGGAACACAGGUUAAUCAGCCGCAGCCCCGAGGAGCUCAGCUUGGGGGUGGGGGGUGGGGUUCUGCCAGCUGCUCUUGGGCUUGGAGGACGCCAGCUGGUGCAUUCCACCCACGCCCGCCUCCGGGGAUCUGCUCCCUCUAUUCGCUGCAUGGACUUGGCCCUCCAGGCCCAGAACCCUCUACCCACUGCAGUCUCCACUCUAUCCCAAGAGGUGAGACUAGUACCCUAGACUUAGGAGACAGAACCUGGCACCCGACACUACCACACCCCAUGGACUCCGGCGUCCCCCACUCCCCACGUCCACCACUCCAUCCAUCCCCCACUGGCCUGGACUGCACCGCCGAGUUCUUCCACCCUUCCCUUGCACCUCAGCUCACUUCCAGCCUUCGGGGUUCUGACAGUCCUCAAGACCCUGACAUUGCCUAGACGCCCCCAUAUCUCAAGCCUCCUCCAACCCCAGACGGCCCCAGCCCCCUGACAUCACACUCCUCUGUCCCCUAGAGCCUCUGGCGCAAGACCUUCCGGGACAAGCUCCGUCUGUCUGAUUCCAGAGAGCUCCCAUCCCAUUCCAGUAUUGCUGUCUAGGCAGCCCCCUCCUCAACGCCCUCUCCCCCCACCCC